UGUAGGUGGCACUGCUGGGCACAGGUAGGUGGCACUGCAGAGUGGCACAGGUGGGGGCACUGCUGGGCACAGGUGGGGGCACUGCUGGGCACAGUGGGCGCACAGCUGAUCGGAACUUGCGGGGGUCACUGCUGGGCACCGAUCAUCAGGGCACUGAUCAUCAGUGCCCUGAUGAUCGGUGCCGAUCCCCGCUCUGACAACUGCCGGUUCUCGGCAGUACUUUCCUCACGAUCUGACAGCGUGAGGAAAGUGCAGCCGAGAACCGGCACUUGCAUUUUCCUGUGAUCAGCG